AUGAAGCGGGCCGAACAUUCGUCCUCAGCUACAAUCCAGCCAAUACACUCUGGUGAUGUAUGUAUAUUAGUUAAAGCCUGCUUGAACACUGCAUUCAAAAUGCCCUUCACUUCAUUCCAAAUGCCCUUCACUUCAUUCAAAAUGCACUUCACCUCAAUCAAAAUGCCUUCACUUCAUUCAAAAUGCACUUCACCUCAAUCAAAAUGCCUUCACUUCAUCAAAAUGCCCUUCACUUCAUUCAAAAUGCCUUCACUUCAUCAAAAUGCCUUCACUUCAACGCAAAGGCCUUCAAAUCCUCCAUGUGGCCAUGGAAUAUGCUCUGGACACACCAGUCCCAAUCCACCACCGUCACGUUGUCUAUGCGAGAGAGAAACUUCUUGUCCUUGGUCUUAUGGGCCACGACGAUGGUGGCGCCGUCGGCAUUUUGCACCCAGUUCUUCUGCGGCGAAUUGA